AUGUCGAUUCGCGUCCUGAUCAGAGAGUACCCGACCCGCGCAAUCGCCCUCAGCACGCCCACCCACGCGCUCGUCCUGCGCCCCAGCUCCUCGUCGACCGACCCCAGCAAUGCGAACCCGAACGCCUCCAGCACGUCGCUGGGCAGCAAUGGCGCCGCCGCCGCCGCGCGCUGCAUGGUCGAGUUUGCGCGCACCGAUGACGUCGACCUGGACGACUACCGCGCGCUGCACUCGGUGACUGUCCACGGCACGCUCGGCCUGAUCACCGUGAACGGCGACGUCUUCCUCGUCGUCGUCAACGGCGCCAGCAAGGUCGCCACAGUGCGGCCGGGCGAGACGGUGCAGCGCAUCCACUCGGUCGGCUUCUGCUGCCUCACCAGCGCCUACUACGACGCCUUCCUCAGCGACGAGGUCAACCCCUACGCGACCGACUCCUUGGACGACGACUAUGAGACGGGCUUCGGCGGCACCAGAGGCCAGUCGCCGCUCGAGCACCCGUGCUCGGCCCUGAAGAAGCUGCUGAGCGGCGGCACCUUCUACUACAGCUCCGACUUUGACCUGACGCGGCGCCUGCAGGACCGCUCGUCUGACGCGGCGACGGUGUCGCUCGACAGCCUCGACGCUGGGUUCCUGUGGAACUCGUACAUGAUCCAGCCGCUGGUCGACUUCAGGAGCAGGCUCGCGCCGAGGGACAAGGAUGCGCUGGAUGCGUCGGGCAUCCUGACGUCUGCGAUCCGUGGCUUCGCGCUCACCGUCACGGUCCCCAUCUCGUCGGCUCCCGUCAAGGUGCGCGGCUCAGGACUGCCUUCGUCCAUGACGCUCAUCUCGAGGCUGUCCUGCCGAAGAGCUGGGACGAGGUUCAACUCGCGCGGAAUAGACGACGAUGGCAAUGUAGCCAACUUUGUCGAGUCCGAGACGGUCUACUGGGCACCGUCCGGGGCCUGCUUCUCGUACGUGCAGAUUCGGGGCAGUGUUCCCAUAUUCUGGGAGCAGCAGUCUGGCCUCCUGCCCGGACAGCAGAAGAUCACCAUCACAAGAGGCCCGGAAGCCACGCAGCCCGCCUUUGACAAGCACUUUGAGAAUCUGGAGCUCGCGUACGGUGCCGUCCAUGCGGUCAAUCUGCUCAGCAACGAGAAGCCAAACGAGAUUGAGCUCAGCCACAGAUAUCGCCACCACAUCAAAAACAGCCCCUUGAACGCUGCAUCUGGCCAGUCGGACCGCGAACACGAGCUCAUCAAGCUUACCGAAUACGACUUCCAUGCCGAGACGCGAGGGCCGGGUGGGUACGAGAUGGCCAGCAUGAUUGCGCGGUGGAUCCAGGAUUCGGCCGACGGGUUUGCAUACUACCUGUCCGAGGACGUCGACGAACGCAUUGGAUCGAGUGGCCAGUAUCGUUGCGUGAGGCGUUCGACACCAGUGUUGGCUCAGGAAGGCGUCUUCAGGACCAACUGCCUCGACUGCCUGGACCGGACGAACCUCGUGCAAACCAUUGUCAGCAAGAUGGCGCUGGAGAUAUUCCUCGGCCACAAACGACUGGCGGGAAGCCAGGACUUCUGGGUCCGUCACUCGAGCAUGUGGGCAGACAACGGCGACGCUCUGUCCCGGAUAUACGCAGGAACGGGCGCACUGAAAUCCUCGUUUACGAGGCACGGGAAGAUGUCGCUCGCCGGUGCCCUGGCAGAUGCAAGGAAGAGCGUCACGAGGACGUACAUUAACAACUUUGCCGACAAGGGUCGACAGAACACCAUUGACAUGCUCCUUGGUCGGCUGAUGGGGCAAGUGCCCGUCCACCUCUACGACCCUAUAAACGAUUUCGUCAUCGCAGAGCUCACACGACGCGCCCCAGAGUAUUCAGACACGGACGUGAUCAACAUUCUUGUCGGCACGUUCAACCUCAACGGCAAGACGACCGGCAUCGAUCAGGAUCUGUCGCCGUGGCUAUGUCCCGACGUCGACCCCUCGCAACAGUGCCCAGAGAUUGUCGCAGUUGGCUUUCAGGAGAUUGUCGAACUCAGUCCGCAGCAGAUCAUGUCCACAGAACCCACAAGGAGGCAGGACUGGGAGUCGGCCGUCAAGCACUGUCUGGACAAGAAUGCAGCACGACACGGCCAGGAAGAGUAUGUUUUGCUUCGAGGCGGCCAGCUGGUCGGCGCAAGCUUGUCCGUCUUUGUGCGCGCCGACAAGCUCAAGAACGUCAAGAACGUCGAGGGCAGUCUGAAAAAGACGGGCCUGUCUGGCAUGGCCGGCAACAAGGGCGCCGUCGCGAUCCGCAUCGAGUACGCCAACACCUCAAUCUGCCUCGUCACGGCACAUCUCGCCGCUGGAUUCGCAAACUACGAGGAGCGCAACCGCGAUUACAAGACCAUCAGCCAUGGUCUGCGCUUCCAGCGGAACCGCUCGAUCGAGGACCACGACACUGUCAUCUGGCUGGGCGACUUCAACUACAGAAUUGGAUUGAGCAACGACAAGGUCCAGAGAUUGUGCCAGACAAACGAUCUCGAGACCUUGUACGACAACGACCAGCUCAACCUCCAGAUGGUCGCUGGCCUGACCUUUCCUUACUACUCCGAGGCCCGCAUCACCUUCCCUCCCACAUACAAGUACGACCUUGGAACAGACACGUACGACACGUCCGAAAAGGCACGCAUCCCCGCCUGGUGCGACCGCGUGCUUCGCAAAGGUGACAACAUUCGGCAAAUCCACUACGAUGCCGCACCUCUUCGAUUCUCCGACCACCGUCCCGUGUACGCUACGUUCCAGCUCAUGGUCCGUAAGAUUGACGAGAAGAAAAAGGACCAUCUCAAGGAAGAGCUCUACCGCUCACGCAAAGCGUUCGUCGGAGACACCAGGGCGGCCGGACGCCCUGGCGAAGACGAGUCGGACGACGAGGACCUGAUUGGCUACGAGAGCGUGGAGCCCGGCCUGCCGCCUGCAAGCUCAGACCGGCGCAAGUGGUGGCUCGACAACGGUCUGCCGGCUAAGGCGCGCAUCCAGCCGCCCUCCAACGACCACAUCCCCAACCCAACCCGCCCAAGCAAUCCCUUCACGCCCAGCCCAGAGCCCGACUGGGUCGAAAUCAACAAGCUGGGAGCCAGACCAGAGCCCCCGCCCGCCCGCGGCUCCCAGCGCCCACGGAACGUCGACGUGAACAACCCAGCCAAGCCCGCCUCCGCAUCGAGCUCAACGACAAGUCUCCAAUCCCAGAACCCCAUGGCCCGGAAAAUGAUAGUCCCGCAGUACAACGCCCGCGACCCCGAGCAAAUCACCUACAUGGACGGCGUCCGCGACCCCACCGCACAUCUGCGCCGCAACGCCUCGUCCGCAUCGACGCGCUCCCUCCCCGUCCCGCCGUCCCGCACCCUCGCCCCCGCACCCUCGCUCCCCGGCCCCGCAGUGCCCAUGGCCAGCAAGCCCGCGCCGCAAGUCCUCCGCAAACCCGCCCCCCCGCCCCUCAAGCCCAAGCCCUCGCUGCUCAGCAAGGGGGGCAGUCCCGCCGCAGCGCCUCCGCCGCAGCGCUAUCGUGAUGAGCCGGAGCAGACGCCGAGGCGCAGCAUGGCGCCCCCGCCUGUCAUGUCGGGUCAGAAGAAGCCGGUGCCGAAUCUGAUGGAUGCGGAUACCAGGCCGCCUGCGCUGCCGCCGCGGACGGGGACGGGCUUGAGUACGGAGAGUGGGAGGGGGGGGAAUUUAUUGGAUGAUGAGGGGGAUUUGAGGGGGCUGGAUGGGUGGGAGGUUUUGAGGCCUGAGCGGCGGUAG